UAGAGCAUUACACGCAAUGCAAAUAAUUGUAAAAAUACAACAAAUAAAAAAGUUGAUCGUCUCAGGGAAGUGAGGCUGCAGCUUCUCCAGAUCUGUAUCGGAUGGAUCAGUCCGAUACAGAUCUAUUAGCAGCACCCAACAUGGACUACAAUGAACCGAAAGCAAUGUCAAUUGCGCUUGUCUACGUGUGAAGGUAGUCACGGACCGUGUUCCUUAUAUACAAACAACUACAUAUAAACGCUGACAUACACACUUGUAUAUUGCUCUAAUGUUGUCCCACUUUAGUCUCCAAACAAACCAAGGCGUCCACUUUCCCUACUGCCGACGUUAGGGCAAUCGCAGCGCCAUCGAAACUACCUAGUGGGACUGGUAUGUCCAGUUUGAUCCACCACCUGGUCGAGACUCCGCCAAUCAUGAACGUGCCACACACUGAGGUAUGUUGAGUUGUGUUGAACACUUCAUGCUCGACCCCACAGUAGAUCCACUGAUGGCUACUGGAAGACUGUUUAACGUUUGACGAAAAUUGAUCAAAAACUUGGUUUGACAAACUUUGAGGCGCGUCAAUCUUUAGAAACGAGGAAGCACAUCGCUACUGGACAGCCAUUAUUUACAAAAGAUGGAAUCCAAGAAGAAACCAUUCUUCUUAAAGUUCCUGCAGCCGAAGAAGGCAGGUAAAAAGACAGGCGACAAGCAGGGAAAAAAACUGGCCCACAGACGUAGCAUCUCGUUCCCUGACCUGCGGAUGCUGCCGGAUGCGGGCCUUCCGGACUCGCCGGGCCCCGCCAGCUCUCCCUCUCAAAGUGACAACGAAUCCAUUGCCAGUGAAAACAUCCCUUGCGAGCGGCCGUCCUCAGACAGAGCAAACUAUGACGUGGCCCCCGUGCUGCGGUACCCUCCCACCAGGGACUACGUGGACAACAGGAUCACGGCACCUGCAGAGAGCUUCAACCACUCCGACGACUCAGACUACAUCAGGCGACGCAUGAACUCCUCCGGCAAAUGGAGCUUUCACAGCGAACCAGGCAGGGUCCCCCGAGCCAACGUGAUGGAGCCCGCGCCCUCUCUUCUGGCCCUUCCCGUCCCGUCGCCCAGACACGUCUCCGCCAACCAGCUGGUCGCACGGCUGGCGGCGUUGGACGGGAGGGAGAACUUGGACCGAUCGGACACCUCCUCCGUGGGGAUGUCGGAGGCCGUCUCCUCGGCGCUGUCCAGGGCCAGCUCCUUCGGGGAUCAGGGGAGGGGCCCGGCGUCGCCGUCCUUCCUGCGGGUGUCCCCGUCGCAGGGGCCCCGGGAGCAGGCCGAGCGCUGGGCCCCGCUGCCCGACGGCUACUCGGACGAGGAGCGCGGCGUGGUGACGUGGAACACGGACUCGGAGGACCAGGACAGGGAGAUCAUGUCCCAGUACUUCUCCAAGCUGGAGGAGAACCCGGCAGAGGAGGAGGAGGAGGAGGAGGAGGAGGAGCAGGAGAACCCGACGAUGGAUCCCAAUGAGGUGAACGAACAGGAUGACCUCUUUGAUGAGGUGAAGCGGGAUCUGUCCGACAACUCUGCCGGGCCAUCAGCUUCCCCUAUAAGCCCUCUCCAAAGCCAGAGAUACCUGCUGAACAUAAACCUGAAGGAGGGGAAGAACCUGGCCAUUAAGAACAGGCGAUCUGCCACCAGUGAUCCCUACGUGAAGUUCAAGAUUGAAGGGAAGCAGUUCUACAAGAGCAAAGUGGUGUACAAGAGUCUAAACCCCCACUGGAACGAGUCCUUCUCACACCCCCUGCGAGACAAGGACCAUGGCAUCGAGGCCCGGGUUUACGACAAGAAUCUGACCAGUGAUGAGUUCAUGGGCUCCACCAUGAUUUCCAUCAGCAACCUGGAACUGUACAAGAACUACGAGAUUGAGCUGCGUCUGGAUGAUCCUAAGAGUAAAGAAGAUAACCUGGGUUCCAUCGUCGUGGACCUCUGUUUGAUGUACAGAGAUGCAACCAUCAAGAGGAACCCGAUCAACAGAUGGCCACAAAAGAAGAAUAAGGUUUGUAUUUAAAGUUUUUUAAUUAUGUGUAUGCAUUACUUGUAUCUAGUUUUUGUCAGCGGUGCUUGCAGGGGUUGUUUUAUUGUGGAGGACCACUAGGGGGCAGUAAAUCACUGUGCAAUGAGGCCGCAAAGAUCGAGGUGCGUGCCAAGGAUUUAGGCCUUUGUGUGUAACCUUGAUUCGAGCUGUGGGUUUCUCCCUUUUUUUACAGCACACUGUUCUUGCAGAGCAUUGCUAUAUAAUCAUUACAAACAGCAUCAUUAUUUCCCCAAAAACAAAACAAAAAACUUAGUAGCUCCCAUAUUUUCUAAAAUCACAACCUAUUUCUUGAAACUCUUAUUCGAUAAAAUAGACUAUUUUGCUGAUUAUAUUUUUUUAUUUCUUAUUUGGUCGGUAAGCACACUUACACCCAGUUAAAUGUCACAUCUGCUCCCUCUUUUAAUGGUCACGGAGACAAUCUCAGUUGGAUAUUUUACAAAAGAAAUGAAGCAAUUUCAUCCACGGUGCAGGUUGUCCCUGCAGAUGGCCAGAGGGACUCAGGGAGGGAACCAGAAACGUGUGAUGGGAUUUUGCGGGAACGUGUCGCCCAAAUCACAGUGCUAAUUUAACAACGCUGCGAUGCUAACUUCAUGCCUGCAUCUUUUUGGGGGGGGGGGGGGUUUUCGCUUUCCCUCUUUUUAUUAUUUUACCACGUAGAAUAUCCUUUUGCAUUUAACACCUAUCCUGGUGGGUGCUGGAG